AUGGGUAAAGAAGCAGACGAAAACUACGACAAGAGACUUCCGGCGUUGGUCCCAUUCGCUAAGCCUCUCGCUUCCAAAAAAUUAAACAAGAAAAUCCUGAAGACGGUGAAAAGAGCGUCAAAGUGUAAGCAUGUUAAGAGAGGAGUGAAAGAGGUUGUUAAAGCUCUCAGAAAGGGCGAUAAAGGUCUCGUUAUAAUUGCAGGGGACAUUUCCCCCAUGGAUGUGAUCUCCCAUAUACCCGUUCUUUGUGAAGAUAACGAUGUUCCAUAUAUCUUUAUUCCAUCUAAGCAGGAUUUAGGUUCUGCUGGUGCUACCAAGAGACCUACGUCGUGUGUGAUGGUCGUUCCAGGAGGAGGAAAGAAUAAGAGCAAGAGUGCAUCUAAGGAGAGUGAUACCUAUAAGGAGGGAUUUGAUGAGAUUGUGAAGGAGACCAAGGCAUAA